AUGGCCGUGAGCCUUUUGCGGGACUGGUGCCGGGGGCUGGAUGUGGACAUGCACCGGGCCCUGCUGGUCACCGGCAUCCCGGAGGGCCUGGAGCGGGCGGCCAUCGAAGCCGUCUUGCAGCCGGCCUUCCUGCCCCUGGGCACGUUCAGGCUGUGGAACGCCAGGGCCGCGAGGGACCACAAGGCCAAGGCCGCCCUGGUGGAGUUUGUGCAGGACAUAAAUCACGCGUCCGUCCCCAGGGAGAUCCCGGGCAAGGACGGGGUCUGGAGGGUUGUGUGUCAGGACCCCGCGGAGGACCCAGGAGUCCUGAGGCAGAUGAGACGCCUGGUGCUGGAUGAGAGGCCCUCGCAGGCCGCGGGGCCCGGGGCCGCCCGGGACACGCUCCUCUCUCGGGCCUGGGAGCCCCGGGCCCAGGGCUCAGAGCCGGCGGCCAGGAGGGCUGGCCCACCUCCCAGGCGGGGCCGCCGGGCUCGCAGAAACAGAGCCAGAGGCAACAGGUGGGCCCCGAAGGGCCAGAAGAGCGAGCGAGGGGGGCGGCGGCCCACGUGGGCCCGGCGGGAGUCGGGCGCCUCUUCCGAGGGCAGCCUGGGCAUCGUGCUCGAGGAGCUGGACCCCGACGACCUGAGCGCCGACGAGGCGCAGAGCGCGCUGUCCGCCACGCUGCACCAGGCCGCCCAGGAGCUCAGCAAGAAGGAGUGGGCCCUGCGGAGCGGCGCGGACGCAGGCCAGGGGCCCCGCGAGUUCUUGGCCCUGGUGACGGUGACCGACAGAGCCAAGCGGGAGCCGACGGAGAAAGGGGCGCCGGGGCCCGAGGCCGUCAGCCUCGACGGCGGCGGCGAAGGCCGGAGCCGCCGCGUCCCCGACUUAGUGGCCCUGCUUGCCGUGCGAGACGCGGGCGACGAGGAGCCGGCGCACGGCGACGCUCCCGAGAGCGAGUCGCAGCCGAACGGGGAGCCGGGAGACGAGGCGCUGGACAACCCCGAGUUUGUGGCCAUUGUGGCCUAUACGGACCCGUCGGACGCCUGGGCCCGCGACGAGCUGCUGAAGAUCGCUUCGGUGAUCGAAUCCCUGGGCUGGAGCGCCAGGAGAGACGCGACGGAUGCCCUCCGCGAGGUCCUGGGCGUCCUGUCCCAGGACACCGGGGGAGCCCGCGUGAAGGUGGAGGAGGCGGGCCGCCAGCUGGACGCCCUGGUGCUGCGGCAGGCCGCGGACGGCGGGAGCCUGCGGGAGUGCAUCUGCGCCCUGGCCGCGCCCGACCCCCCGGCCCCCGGCAAGAGGGCGCGGCGCGGCCCCCUGGCGGGCUGGGGCGACGGCGAGGGGGGCCUCCUGGAGCUCGUGGCGCUGCUGGCCGCGCGGGACUCGGCGGGGCUGAUGCCCGAGGCCGGGGAGCGCGCCCGGGAAGGCGGGAGGCGCGGGCGCGCCGGAGGCCAGCUGGGCGAGGUGCUGGCGCUGCUGGCUGCCCGGGAGGGCGCGGCGGCGGCCGGGGGCCCGGAGGCGGCGGCCGAGGCGGCGGAGAGCGAGCAGUCGCAGCCCGAGCCCCGGGCGUCCGGCAAGGCGCGGGCCAAGCGGGCCCGCACGGCCUCCGGGGCGCUGGGCGACGUGGGCGAGGCGGGCGCGGCCCCCGCCCCGUCGGGCUCCCGCAGACGCCGAGGGGGAGGCGGCGGCGGCGGCGGGCGGGCGGUCAGUCUCGAGCCGCCGGCCGAGGACCGGGCCGCGGCGCACGGGAAAAAGAAGGGGCGCGCGGGCGCGGGGGCCCACGUCCAGGCCGACGAGGCCAGGGCUCCGCCGCCCCCCGGCUCCGAGUCGGCGGGCGGGAGGAAGGCUCGUCGCGGCGGGAGGCAGCCCCCCAAGCGCCGCUAG